AUGAGGGUUCUUGGCUUGAGCUCAAGCUUGUGCUCAAGUGUGGAUAAGGAAGAUGAUGAGGUCAUUGGAGAGACUGGUCUCACGCCGGUGUAUCUCAACGUGUAUGAUCUAACGCCUGUCAACAAUUAUCUCUAUUGGUUUGGGCUUGGGAUAUUUCACUCAGGAAUUGAAGCUCAUGGUUUCGAAUAUGGAUAUGGUGCUCACGAGUAUUCGAGCAGCGGGGUAUUUGAGGUUGAACCUAAGAGCUGUCCAGGUUUCAUCUUUAGGCGGUCAGUUUUGUUGGGAACCACCAGCAUGUCUCGUUCAGAUUUCCGAUCAUUCAUGGAGAAGCUUUCUAGAAAAUAUCACGGGGACACAUAUCAUUUGAUUGCCAAGAACUGUAACCAUUUCACUGAGGAAGUAUGCUUGCAGGUAACAGGAAAGCCUAUUCCUGGAUGGAUUAAUCGAAUGGCUCGAGUAGGUUCUUUCUGUAAUUGUAUCCUUCCAGAAAGCAUACAGAUGUCAUCGGUUAGACAUCCCGAAGCUCUCGAGUUCUCUGAUGAUAAUGAUGGAUCAGAAGAAUCAGUUGCAUCUUCUGUGUCAGACGAAACAGAUGGAGAAGGAUCAGAUCAUCAUCUCAUAACAGCACCAAACAGCGACAUUGCGUAUCUACGAGAGAUACCAGUCCGACUUGCUCGAGAUCUCCUCCAAGAACCAACCGAUGCAUCUCCUCAGUACUUGUUGAAGCAGUCUUGA